UGGUAUCAGUGGGUCUCUAAAGGUUAUCCUUUAGUUUACGACCCAUGGUAUCCAAAUAAUGUCAUUGAGAAAUUUAAAGGAAAUACUGAUUUAUAUGGAAACUCAAGCUGGGAUUGCAGUCUGCUGAUCAAAAACCUGGAACCAUCCCAUCAUGGAGAGAAAUUAUACACAUGGAUUGACCCUGAAACUGUUGGAAAGAGCACCUACGCAUUUUAUGAUGUCUCUUCUACAAUUCUAGUUGAUGCAGAUCCACAGUUCCCCAGCAUCAAUAUUUAUGGAGGUGAAAGAUCAGGUGAAACCAUCACAGUAGUGUGUUCAGCUUUCCACACGUGUCCAUACAGCAAACCAACCAUCACUCUGAAUGGUAUAGAAGGAUCUGAUCAAAUAGACAAUGAGCAUUUUAAAGACGGCCUGUGGAAAAUCACCCUGACACGCACAGGUGUUGUAAAGGCAGAAAGCUCGACCAUUGAGUGUUCUGUAACCUAUCAUGGUGGCAUAACAGUGACAGCUACAAAAGACAAAAAUGCACAGUCCCGUGUCCAUAAAGAUGCAGACUCGACACACACUGGACUGAAGACUACUGGGCUUUACAUACUAGCUCCAACACUUGUGUUUCUCCUCACUUGCAUAAUUACU